ACUCCAUAGCUACCUAGCCUAGGCCGUCGCCAUGGCAACCAGUAAGAUCUUCGCAAUCGGCCUCAUUGUCCUACUAGGCAGUGGAUUAACAAAUGCUAUUAGGGUUGUUAACCACGCCACAGCUGAUGGCCAAGGCGGUGGAGGAGGUGGAGCUAGCGGGACCGGAACUAGCUACGGCACCGGCUCCGGCUUCGGCUUCGGCGAUGCCGAUGCCUAUGACGGCAGCGCCCAAUCUCCGACCAGCAACCAUGCAUAUGGCAGUGGAUCUGGUGAAGGCGGCGGCCUUUGGCAAGGCCAGGACCAGUACGCGUCUGGCUAUGGAGCUGGAGGUGCAUCUGGUGUAGGCCAUGGUGACACGGGCUACUGGAACACCAACACCGGUGGGGCUGCACAUGCGAAUGGAGCUGGUGGCGGCGGCGGCUCUGGUGGAAGCUACGGCAAUGGUAGCGGAUCUGGUGGUGGCAAAGGAAUCGGCGAAGGUGAAGGUGAUAACUAUGGGCCCUAUGGCUCAAGCUAUGCGAAUAGUGGUGGCUCCGGAAGUGGAAGCGGAGGUGGGCAUGAUGGUGGGUUCGGCAGCGGUUCUGGUGGUGGAUCGGGGAACAGCGGCAGUGAUACAACAGGUUACAAUGAUGGUACCCGCAAUGGGUCAACGCCUUAAAAUUCAUGUGGUCGAAUGAUCUCUCCUAGGGUGGUCCAUAUUUGUUCGCCAUAUAGUGUCGAACUCAAUGUUUCUUUGAAUAAGUCAUGUGGUGGCAUUUGUUACUCGUCACUGAUGGUCAGUUCAUUUGCAGUAAUAAUGUAGAAGAUCUUCUUGCAAUUGAUGUGUAACGCACGUAUGGUUGCCAUCUGUGAGAUUGUCAAGUUAAAUGUUAUGAUAAAGAAGUAUUUUAAAUAAGUUUAUUUGAGAAUAUGCAGGCUA